AUGACCUUAAACAACUCGGAUACAGAGGCAAACCUCUACUUAUACAAUCCAAGUCAUAUUUUACCAGCUGUUUUUGCCGCCUUGGUCGGCACAUCUCUAUUCCUGCAUAUUUACCAAAACUACCGCUAUCGAUUUUGGCGCGUCACCUUCUUCAUCUGCUGGGGUGGAGCCUUAUUCACCGCGGGCUGGAUUCUCCGCUGUAUAUCGAGCUACCAUCCAGCAAACUUAAAUAUAUACAUCGCAUCAACAGUCUUCAUCUAUGUCGGCCCACCGGUUUACUCAGCGGCCGCAUAUAACCUCGUCGGGCGCCUCAUGAACUACCUACCAAUGCACGCAGUCCUUAACCCCAACCGCGUCCUCAUUUUCUUCGUCUAUGUCGGUGCUGCCGUGGAAGCAAUCACAGUCGCAGGAGCAGCCAAGAACGCCUCAGCCGGCUCCAAUCUGGACGAGUACAAGGCUGGCGGGACUCUCAUUGCUGCAGGACUUGUUCUUCAAGCAGUGGUCGAAUGUGUCGUGAUCGGGAUCGUUGCAACGGUGCAUGUCCGCUGCUCUCGCGCUCGGAUGCUCUCGCCAAAUGUCCGUAUGAUCUGCAUCACACUCUACGGGACAUCGACCCUCGUCUUGCUGCGAUGUAUCUUCCGCGCCGUCGAGGCAUUUGAGAUGUUUGGUAAUCUCGGCUGUAGGGAGAACUGCGGGCAUAUCCUCAGUAACGAGUGGUACCUAUAUACAUUUGAGCUUGGCCCGAUGCUUCUCUUCACGUGGUGGUUGAACUUGAUACAUCCUAGUCGAUAUCUCCCCCGCCAAAAGCUACGCUAUUUGUGUCUUGAUGGUCGCACGGAGCGCAUGGGCCCUGGCUGGAUUGAUCACCGCUCUCAGUGGGAGACUUUUGCCGAUCCGUUGGAUUUACAGGGGGUGUUCAAAGGUGCACCUUCUCAUGAGAAGUAUUGGCUGCGACAGGAUGAAUGGCCCGUGUGCAAGGAUGGUAGUUUUGCUAUGGGGACUGCUACCAAUACGAGAUCUGCAGGGAAGAACGAAAAGGACCUAGCUCCACUUAGUCCUCAUGUUUGA